GCGGGCUCAAUCUGGCAGUUGAUCUUUCGUAGUGUAGUAUUUUUAUUAGCAAGAAAUCAUUUUCACUUGUUUUGUUCUGUCGUUUUUUGUUCUUUCAUUGUUGUUUUUUCUCUUGAAAGAAAGUAGAGAUUACAAACAUGAGUUACAAGCGCCGUCAUCAUUAUGACAGAGAAAGAGACGACGGUAGUCGUAACCGAAAGAUGCGCAAAGUUGAUAUGAAUGAUUUUGAAGAUAAAUUAGAAUCAUUGAUUACCAAAGUUGGAGAGAAGAGCUCUGCUCCUGUUGAGAGUAACCUUCAACAACUUGCAAAUGUCUUAGAGGCUGAUUUACCCAGUCAUAAAGAGAAAAUCUUAAAGAUAAUUUGUACCUGUGUGAGCAAUUUUCCAGACAAAAUUGGUGUGUACAGUUCACUUGUUGGUUUGUUGAAUGUAAAAAAUUACAAAUGUGGAGAAGAUUUUCUUGAUAUGUUGAUUGAAGAUCUUAAAAUGAUGUUCAAAUGUGGGUCAUUGGAACGAGUGCAGAUGACGAUCCGUUUUCUUGCUGACUUGGUUAAUACAAAAGUUAUUCUUCCUUCAUCUUUGAUGAAUUUGUUUGAAAAUUUUAUUGCAGUUACAAUGGAAGAAGAUGUUUUACAAGUUCGUUCUGAUUGGUUUGUCCAUACUGUCUUACUUUCUUUACCUUGGGUUGGGAAAGAACUGUGGAACACGAAAAGAUCAGAUUGCGAACAAUUGUUUGCAGUUAUUGAAGCAUAUUUAAACAAACGGAGAAAGAUACAUGUGCCAGGUUUGAGAGUUUGGUCAUCAGAUGAACCACAUAUGCAGGAAGAGUAUCUUGACUGUCUUUGGGCACAAAUACAGAAACUAAAGAAAGAUAACUGGAUGGAGAGACACAUUCGUCGUCCAUAUAUUGCUUUAUCAGAAACAUUGACUGAAGCUUUGCAACACACCUUACCACAAAUUCCCAUCAUGCCUCGAGAGCAGAAUGUAGAGUAUCCUGUGCCGCAGGUCGUCUUUCGCAUGUUUGACUAUACUGACGUACCUGAAGGUCCCAUCAUGCCUGGCGCGCACGCUAUUGAACGUCAUUUGGUGGAGGAAAGUUUGAACAGAAUUAUAGCUUCACAUUAUAAAAACAGAAAAGAAUGUGCAUCGCAAUUGAUGAAAUUUUCGGAGCGAGAUAAAAUUCCACUUGAAUAUUGCAUAAUUGAGGUGAUCUUUGGCAAUCUGUUCCGACUUCCCGUUUCUUCAAAACUAGAGCUAUUUUAUGGCUCACUUUUUGUAGAACUUUGCAAGACAAACCAGUCAAGCUUUCCCGGUGUCCUUGCACAAGCCACGGAGCUUCUCUUUGAAAGAAUUGAUACAAUGAACAUAACUUGUCGACACAGGUUUGUCAACUGGUUAUCGUACCAUUUUAGUCAGUUUCAAUAUAAGUGGAACUGGGAUGAUAGAAUAUCGUUGACAAAUGAAUCACCCAAUCAUCCACAAAGAAGUUUUAUCGUCGACGUAUUAAGCAAAUGUCUACGAUCGUCUUAUCAUGAUUUCAUUCUCGAAGUAAUUCCUGAUCCUUUACACGUCCUCGUACCGUCAAAACCUUUUUUUACAUAUAACUACAGUGACGAUAGCGGUUCCAGCUCUGGUCAUGAGCACGCAAAACGUCUUGUAGACUCGAUAAAGGAAAAGAAAUCAAUAGAUGAAUUGUUAUCAGUUCUUGAGAGAAUACCAGAUACUCCUGCUGAUGGUGAUGCUAUUGAAGAUGAUGAAUGUUCAACGCCAUCUCUGAAGAUCGAUGUUUGUGUGCAAGUAUUGUUGAGGGCUGGAGCGAAGUCAGUGAGUCAUACAUUUAAAGCUCUGGAUAAAUUCAAUAAAUUACUUCGAAGUGUUCUCAAUAACGAUGAAGACGAACGCCAUUGUCUGGUUGUCUUGAAUUCAUUCUGGUGUUUCCAUACACAAAUGAUCCAAAUUAUCACAGAGAAGCUAAUGAGAAUGUCUAUAAUACGUUCCAAGUCGCUCAUAAAUUGGAUCUUUUCAAAGGAAAUGAGCGGUGACUUUCAAAGACUCUUUGUUUGGGAAAUUCUUCAUUCAGUUUUGAGGAAGAUUACACGACACGCAAAAAAGAUGAAAGGAGAAUUGAAGCAAGAGAAAAAUAAACUGGAAAGAUUGGAGGAGAAGUAUAAGAAACAAAGUGAACAGAAUUUGCUUAGUACACAGGAAACGGAGGAAAUUGAAAUAAAACGUCACGAAGUUGAGGGAUUUUCAGAGGAGCUUACGAAUGUUACGAGCGAACAGAAAGAAGUGUUUUUGACUAUAUUUCAACGUUUUGUGAUGCUUCUUAACCAACAUAUCAAAGGAGUGGAAGAACAACAACAUGAAGGCAACACGCUUACGUUGAACGUCAUCUUGGACAGAUUACGCGAGAUUUUCUAUACAUAUCACAGAGAAAUAGAACCUUACAUAACGACAUUGGAAAGUCUGUUAUUUACAUCUGAUGUUGAUCACCGCAUUCUCAAUGUCUUUCAUGAAUAUCAGGCUCUUUGUAAUUAACUUGUUAUACUGUUUCUUUUAUAUGAAGGAUUUCUCUGACAUGAACUGAAAUGUAUUCAUAUUUCGUGUUUGGCUUCAACUCAAAAAUGUUUUCUAGAAUUAUUUUGAAAGGGGCAAGUCUCAUACCAACUGUUGGAACGUGCAUUUGAAAACUGUGCAGAGAAAAUUACCUAUGGGUUGUUAGUAUUUUCACUGCUAGAAAACAUCAUAUUUUAUAUUUUACUCAAGUUUUGUUAAUAUGAUGCUAUGUUAAACAUUUUCCCUUUAUGUGACAGUUAGUACUUAUGAUUUCAAUAAAGUUUUUAGCUUAGAA